AAAAGUGCGUUAAUCCGCUGUUGGUACCACUGGAAGGGACUUUGGGGGGCAAGAAAGAGGCUUUCUGGAAGGGGGUAAAGUUGGAGGUCGGGUGCGAAGAACGUAUACUUUGGGACGGAGUACUUUUGGGAUUGGUUUCGGACGAGAGGGGGUUCAUGUGACCAUGAAUGGGCUCAGCCCCGUGCACCAGCCACAGCCAAUGCUGGACUUCCCCGCCAAGACUUGCCGAGUUCGUCUUGUACCGGCAGUCCUGGUCCCGGCUAGACCCCACCGGGUCUAGUGCCGCCCGGCGAGCCAAGCAGAGCGCGCGCAGAAAGCCAGAACCCGAGCCGGUUGGUUUCAACCCCAGACUUUCCUCUCCCUCUGCCUCUCUUCCUCCCUCUCUCGUUUGCCUCCCCGCUCCUUUUCCUCUUCCAACGUCUUCAUCUUCGUUCCACGCCGGUCGAGUGCGUCCCCUUAUCCCUCUCCCUCUUCACUCUCUCCCCUCUCGUUUCUUUUCCUGGCUCUCGUUUCGCUUUCUUCUCUCGGCAGCCUCCAACUAUACUUUAAAUAGACCUUCAGUGGCGCCAUCCAUAAACCUUCCGACCCUCUCUCCCCUAUCGCGCUACAGGGUCCCCUCCCUUCGGUCGGUACGAACGGUACGAACGUCCACCCUGAUCGCCACCGGUGGCUCUCUUACCACUAGCGCCUUACCCUCGCUGCAGAAAUAGAACGUCGGCGCUGGCUUGCGCUCCAUGGCUGAUCUCUGAAGACGGAAGCCGCGCGAUAACUCAAGGAGCCUCGUCUGGACCUACCUAGGCGUUAGGGACCCCUUGCGAUCGAUUUGCCAGUCCUCUAUCGGGUUUGCGAACAUAAGGAUGCAAAAUAAAGCGUGGUUUGGUUUCAAGUCUCCCGUUCUGUC